GGCGAGCGGGGCGGCCGUGGCGGAGCGGGCCCGGCGCGGGGCAGGUCCGAGCCCGGCUCCCGGGCAGCGCUGGGCUCCGGGCCGCGUCCCCUUCCCUGCCCCGCUGCUCCCCGGGGCGCACGCCGGGCCUCGGAGCCGAGCCCUGCCCGCCCGUGCCCGCGCUGCCUGCGUGUGCUGCAGGGAAAGCCGGAGCAGGAGGAAGAGGAUCCGUUCACGCUAGGGUGAUUAAAAGCCAAGGUGUCGGGUGGUCUAUGGAUGGAUAAGGAGUGAAAGCAGGAAACAGUUGUCACAACUCGCCUGUCAAAAUCAAUUUACUAGUUUUUAGGCUCAGUUAUUUGGAAGAUAAAACCCAGCCACAAAUUAUGGCUCAUCGAUUUUCAAAGGAAGAUUUAGAUGCACAGUUUGAAGAGUUUCUGAAAGAGUCUCUUUCAGAUGAUUCACUUGGAAAUUCAAAGAAAAAGUCCAGCAUUCUUGAGAAAUUGGGACAGCCCAGGAAAAAAGAAAAGAAGAAAAAGGAUUCAGUGCCGUGGUGGUUAUCUGAGGAAGAUUCAGAUGAUGGUGGAAUUCUUGAAGCCAAUGGAAACUUUGUCAAGAUGCAGAACACUUCACAGCCUGUGGGAGAAAGCCAUGAAAAUAUGGAUGUAGAAAAGAUGCAGCUUCAGAAAAGUAAUGGAGAUGCUGUCGCUUUGAGUAGAGACAGCCUGGAAACAAAUGAUUCAGUUUUAGCUUCUGGGCCUAAUCAAAGUAUCAUGGAAGUUGGAUUGGAUACUCUGGAAGAACAAGAGGAAAAAGAGAUCUUCUUUGCCAAGCUCGAGCAAGAAGCUUCCUCUACCAUUGAUUAUUCAAGAUUAAAUAAAGAGCUGGAUUCCAAUGAUUCUGUCAUACUAGCACCAUUUGUACGAAAUGAAAACGCUGAAAAAGAAGAAGAAGAAGAAGAACCUGCACAUGAAGAGAAAUCUGGUAGCUACAGUGAAGAUUUUGAAGAAGAAACAGAUACUAAUCCUGCCCUUAAAACUGAGGGAGAUCAGGUAAAUCAAAACAUCGUGUCAGAAGUUGAUCUAAGUCCUCAAGAGCAGGAAGAAGCAAACACUGGCAUGCUGGCAAAAGUUGUAUUGCUUGAUUCACAAGAUUCUACUGUAGAACUUCAGAAGGUCAUUGAAACACCUGAUGUAGCUCCAGGCAAGCAUGAUCAGCCUGAAGAAGUCAGUGCAGUUGAAAUGAAUGAAGCAGGUACUUCCUAUGGACAAAGCACCAGUGACAUGGAAGCACUACACCAGGCAUAUCAUCACAUUGAUCAGUCUUUGCAGGACACUGAUGAGCAGAAACUGCACAAUUCUGCAGUGGCAGUCUCAGAAGGUUUAAGGCAAAGCAUUUCACAAAAUAAUGACAUCUAUGCAAAAAACAUGUCAACUGUUGAUUCAGAUUUACCUACUGUGGAAGAAUUGAUGAAAACAAUUAAAGGACAUAUGUGUAAUAUGAGAAAUUUUGAUGUGGACCCUGAAAGUCCUGUGAAACUGGUAGGCAGCACAGAAAAUGACCUCAUGAGCCACUCACCCUUGGAAGACCCCCAGAGUAAUACAGCUUGGGAGAAAAACUUAGUUGAAAAGUUUAACAGAGAAGAAAGCAUCUUUCUGCAGACAAGUGUGAAUGAUAACUUUCAAAGGAUGACUGAGAAAGAAAUUCAGACCAGUGAAGUACAGCCUGAUAUACUAAGAGAAAAAAUAGGACAAGACUCUCUGCUUUCAAAAGGAAGCAAAACUAAAAAAGCUCUUCGGUCUUGUUCCUUGAAGAAUGAAAGAUCAGAAUCAAUGACAACCAAACCAAUGUCAUAUAAGAAUAUCAGAAGUCCAGCACCUGUACAUAAAAAGAAACCUUCACAUGGUCCUCAUGGACUGGUUAGAAGUUCUGGCUAUGGGAAACCCAGUUUACUUUCAAAGCAGUCUUUUCCAGUUAGUGAAAAGAAAACACCAAAAGAAACUUUCAAAAAGACCUUUAUGAAAGCCAAAAGUCCUGCAGAUAGAGCAAAAUCUAAAGAAGCCUUGUUUGCUACUAGGAUAAUAAGAUCUGCAACAAAUGAACCAACUUUGGAGGGAAGUAUUAACAGAGUUUUGUCUGGCCAGUCAGUUGUUAGUAAUCUUGGACACCAGGCUGUGGAUUAUAACAGGCAAUAUCAUCAUGACUUGCCAUUUUCCCCUUUCAAAAGUUGUGAUAGAGAGCUGUAUUUGUUAAAACGAGUGCAAGCAGCAGAGGAGGAGCUGAACACAGCUCGGGAUUUGAUUCAGCAGAUGGCCAGCAAGCUUUCACAAAAAGAGAAGGAGAUGGAGGCCAAGGUAGCGGAACUGAAAACACAGCACGAAAAGGAGCUUUCCCGCCUGGGUCAGGAAAACUAUGUUCUUCAGAGUAAGCUAAGAAAUAUGGAAGAGAUGGCCCAAGAAAAGAGGUGGAGCCAUUCAGCAACAAUUCCUGUAACUGAGGAAAAACUGGCACAGAUACAAAAAGAGAUUGAAGAUCAAGAAGUCAUUAUUCAAGGUUAUCAACAGGAAAAUGAGAGAUUAUACAAACAAAUGAAAGAGCUACAAAUCCAAAACAAAAAAAAUGAGGAACAAAUGUUUAAGGAGAAUCAGUGCUUAAAGUCUGAAUUAGUACACUUAAGAGAAAAGAUAGAGAAGACUAAUAACCACUCACGAAUCAUGCAGGAUUCUGAACCAGCCAGAAAUCAGAGUUUCACAGAAUUGAUUUCAGAGCUUCGGGCAGCACGGAAAGAAGAAGCUAAAUUACAGGAAGAGAUAAGACGUCUAAAACAAGAUAAGCAAGCUCUUGAGGUAGACUUGGUACAAGCCAAGAAAGAGAGAGACUUAGCGAAAGUCCAGAUUGCAUCUACAUCAAGUGAGAAGUCUUAUGAAUUUAAAGUUAUGGAAGACUCAUACAAACAGGAAAUUACUCAUUUAAAAAAAAGACUUCAAUGGUAUGCAGAAAAUCAAGAUCUUCUGGAUAAAGAUGCAGCCCGUCUUAAAGAUGCAAGAGAAGAAAUUGAGAAACUAAGACUAGAGGUUGAGAAGCUCAGAGCUGAUGCAGGAGAUCAGUGUGUGCAACAGAAGAAACGUUUGCGAGACAGAGCAGCGGAUGCUAAAAGAAUUCAGGAUCUUGAGCGACAAAUCAGAGAAAUGGAAGGAAUUCUAAAAAGAAGAUACCCAAAUUCUUUGCCUGCUUUGAUUUAUGCUGCUGCUGCUGCUGAGAAAACAAAUGAUCUUUCAGCUAAAACAAAUACAGUUGAAUUUUUGGAGAGAAGAAUAAAGAAAUUAGAAACAGAACUUGAAGGUAAAGAUGAUGAAGCUAAGAAAAGCCUCCGUGCCAUGGAACAACAGUUUCAAAAAAUAAAGAUACAGUAUGAACAAAGACUUGCAGAGCUUGAGCAACUUCUUGCCUAUGAAUUUAUGAAUGAAACACCAAAACUGAAUGGUGAUAAAGCCACUUCUGCAGAACUUGAACAGGAGCUUCAAAAUCUAAAGGAGACCCAUCAGAUCACUGUUGGAAACCUGCAAACAGAAAUUGAAAAUCUUAAAAGUCAAAAUUCCCAAUUAAAACUCAGAAGUAAAAAUGAUAAUAAAGAGUUAGAAUCCAUGGACCCUAAGAUAAAACAUGGUAACACAAAAGACAGGUUGUUAAAACUAAAUGAAGAACUGGUAACCAAAAAUAGAGAAAUACAAGACCUCACAAAAACUGUAGAGAAACUUCAAAAAGAAAGGAUGGUGAUGUUGUCUGAAAAUAAUUUGAGAAAUAGAACAAACACUAAUGGAAACUCUCCAGAGGUCUUGAAAAAGAAUACCUCAGCAAGAGAUAGAAGGAAUUCCAACAACAAUGAACCCUGUCUAAGCAUUUUCAGUGAUGACAAAAUACAGCAACCACAUACCUUUUCUGAUUCUCAUCUCUCGGAAGUUCUGCAAGAAAAUGCACAUCUGAAAGAAGAGCUGGAGAGACUGUCCCUAGAGAUGAGCCAGCAGCGGGUGACGUCUCAAGCAGCACUGGCUUAUUCUGAAAGUAACAUGCGAAGGAUGCAGGAAGACACAGCAGAAUACAUUGCAUCUCUGAAGGCUUCCCACCAGAGGGAAGUCGAGAAGCUGGUUUGCCAGCAUGCAAAGGAACAUUCUACUUCUAAAGUAGCUGAACUAAAGAACAGAAUUUCAACACAGGAGAUAUUAAUAAAACAUCUUCAAGAACAACUUGGUGAACAAGAGAGACAUCAAGAAGCUCUUCUCAUUUCACAGAUAAGAGAGCAACUCCUACAAAAAGAGGUUACAAAACUGUUGGAAGAACUGAGAGAGGCUAGGGAGAGCCAGAGUCCUGAAAUGAAACAUUUCUUGUGCCUGGAAAAGAAAAUCAAGCAUAUAGAGAGCAGACAUGCAGAAAGAGAGCAUGAAAUUCAGAAGGCAACCCAACUGACACGGCACAUUUCUGAAGUAAGGCAAACCCAGGAGGUUGAGAAGUGGCGAAGGCUGGCACAGCAGAAGAAUCAGGAGCUGGAGAAAUUUCGAAUAGAGUUGGAUUCAAUACUAGAUGUCUUACGGGAGCUGCAGAAGCAAGGGGUUGUUAUUCCUGCACCUGAUCCCAGUGGAUUCAGAGUGACAGACAGCUGUUGGAACACAUGAUUAGGUAGUAGUUAAGUAGAGCAGCAGAAUUUUAAUAUUCAGAGUUAUAUAUUGAAAAUGUUGUUGAAAGUCAUUAUUCUAAGGUGUAUAAAUUGCAUUGCAUUCUGAUUCUUCACUCUCAUAUCCAGAGGCAGAUUUGCAUUGAGCAAUAUUCUAGUCAUACUGUAAUUCUUUUAUUUUAUUAGUAAUAAAUUUACAUUUUUUUAAUAAUAGGAAUGUUGAGGUUAUUCCAUAAACUCAACUACCAUUGAAAAACUUCCUUUUUCACAGACUGUGGAACAUGCCUGAAUAUUUUAAAGUUUGAUUUCUUACUUGUCUUAUAGUGAUUGCUUUGCAAAAAAUUUGAGUAGUAAGCUGUUUGGUUUGUAUGUUUAGUGUAUGGCAUUAAUGUAUUUCAUUCCAUAGGGCAGGAAAUGCAUCUUUUUCCAACAUUUUCUUCUCUCCCUCCAAUUCAUAUAAUAUUCCUUCCCUUACCUUUAAGACCCCUUUCCACUUUAGUGAAUGAUUGGAGGGCUGGAACAGAGCAGGCAUUCCCUGCUGGUGCUCAAAUUCAAGCUGUUCUUUCUUUCUUUCUUUCCUUUUCAGGUAAUUCCUACUGUGCUGGUAAGACUGAUGGCAGAGUGGGUCUAGCUGAAUUCUUACAGGGCAGAAAAAAAUCUAUAAAAUACAGUGUGAGAGUAGUUAUUGGCAUCCCUUUUAAAAGGGAAGGCUGUACUGAUAAGUUUUUUACAAUGGGCUGUUCAGGAUGUGACAUAGUAACUACCCCUGUUGGUGGUCUUGACAGACCAGUCAGAUGUGAAGACUGUGCUAAAGCCCAGACUUCAGGGAUGUGUAGGUGGGGAAAUUUAGAGUUAAAAUAUUGAGCAAGUUAGGAAGUUAGGAAAGGGGCUGGAAAAAAAAAAAACAACAACAACCAAAAAAAAAAAAAAAAAUCAACCCACAUAACUGAAAACCAGACCAAAAUAUCAAAUGUGGAGUUAACUUUCUGCUGGACUGACAGGCAUCAUGACAGGUAACACACUGAAUGUUACAGGUAUAUAGGAUCAAUUCCUGUGACAGCACAAAUAAUGUGUACCUUAGGGUGCUACACUUUUGGGCUCUUCUUUCAAGAAAGAGAUGGACCCAGGGGAGGGGAAGAAGAAUCAUCACUCCAGAAAAUGUAGCCCUAGGAACCUCUGAAGCCAAAGGAGCUGCAUUUGGUGGUUGGAAGGCAUGCUUUCCCAAUAAAUCAGUACAUUAUUAGUUUGAAGUUUCAGUGGCUGCAAGUCCUUAAGAAUUCCAAAGCAUAAAUUGAGGUUGUAUCUCAAUCAACUCUACUUAUUUAGGGCAAAGAAAAGAUGAAAGCCAGAAUCUUAGAUUCCUGAGAACCUGCAGUAUUGGUUGAAACUAGCAUUUAAGUCAGAUAUGGAAUAGUUCAGGUCUGUGCAUGUAUGUUUUUGUAUCAUGAUCUUCAGGGACCAGCUAGUAAAUGUGCAUUUUCUCUCAUACAAGUAUGUGGCUGAGCAUGCAUAAAAACAGAAGAGUAUAAAAAUUAUAUCAUAUAGACAUCAACAGUGCUUAAGGAUUUUUUUCUUUUUGGCCCAUACACAAACUUGAAAUGAGCCUGUAUACACAUAUAUAAUAUAUAUACAUAUAGUAAUUUAAAAAGGAUAGUCGAUUGCCAAUUAAUAUGGUAAUCUUGGUUGUUCCAUGUUCAGAUAUUUUCAGUAUUUCUAUUUUGUCCCCAUCUAAAAAAAUAUUAGUCUAUAUUAAUAAAAUGUGUAAAUAUAAAAAUUCUCUGUAUAUAAAAUGCUAGCUGUGUGUAAAUAUGAUGCAUUUUCUUGAUUUGGGUCUGUUUUGCAAAUAAAAAGGAUAAAAAUUGAAUAAUUUCAACUAAUAUAUUUCCUGUACAAUUUCCUAUAUAGAUAACACUACAUUAAAAUGUGUGACCUGAAGUUAAGGAUGUUUUUUCCAGCUACUGCAGCCCUUGUGCUUCCAGAGAGGCCAGGUCCUGGAUGGAGUUCCUAGGAGAGGAAUCCUAGAGAAGCAUUUCUGCUCACUGGAAACUCUCUCUCACGUAUGUUCAUGUAUGCCCUAAUGUUCAUGCAGUUGAUUCAAACACU